GGAGCUGCUGGAGAGCGCGGCUCCCGCGGGGGCGCUCGGAGCACAGGUAGCCACAGCGCCGCGCCUUCCGCCGGCUUUGUGAGCCCCGGGGCGCCGACCUCCUCUCGCCGCCGACCUCCUCUCGCCGCCUCCGCUCCGCGAUCGCGGACCUGGCCUGCCCUUCCCGCUCGGGUCUCCUUUGCCACCUCCCCGCCCCCCAGCUUUCCCCCUCCUCCGGGGCUGCCUGGGACCCUGCCCUGCACGCCUUUCCCCGGCUCUGCUCCCGCUUCCAUCUUUUCCUCUGCUUUCUGAAAAGCCAGUGGGAAGGGGCUAGGGCGACCUGCCGCUCCUCCCGGCUUCUCCCGGUCCGCGCGGCUCGGCGGUCCGCGCCCCUGCCCGAGAGAAGCACAUGGAGCCAUGGACCAGGCGAGCGGACUGGACCGGCUUGUGAUCUCCUAUGGAAAAGGCGCCAGGAGGAAAAAUAGGUUUAAAGGCUCAGACGGAAGCACAUCAUCAGACACUACCUCAAACAGCUUUGUCCGCCAGGGUUCGGCAGACUCCUACACCAGCCGCCCAUCCGAUUCAGAUGUGUCUUUGGAAGAGGACCGGGAAGCGGUACGCAGAGAAGCUGAGCGGCAGGCGCAGGCCCAGUUGGAAAAAGCAAAGACAAAACCUGUGGCAUUUGCAGUUCGGACCAAUGUCAGGUACAGUGCAGCCCAGGAGGAUGACGUUCCAGUGCCAGGCAUGGCCAUCUCAUUCGAGGCAAAAGACUUUCUGCAUGUUAAGGAAAAAUUUAAUAAUGACUGGUGGAUAGGACGCUUGGUUAAAGAAGGCUGUGAAAUCGGAUUUAUUCCAAGCCCAGUCAAACUAGAAAACAUGAGGCUACAGCAUGAGCAGAGAGCCAAGCAAGGGAAAUUCUACUCCAGUAAAUCAGGAGGAAAUUCAUCAUCCAGUUUGGGUGACAUAGUUCCUAGUUCCAGAAAGUCGACACCACCGUCGUCUGCUGUAGAUAUAGAUGCUACUGGCUUAGAUGCAGAAGAGAAUGAUAUUCCAGCAAACCACCGCUCCCCUAAGCCCAGUGCAAACAGUGUAACGUCACCCCACUCCAAAGAGAAAAGAAUGCCCUUCUUUAAGAAGACAGAGCACACUCCUCCUUAUGAUGUGGUACCUUCCAUGCGUCCAGUCGUCCUGGUGGGCCCUUCUCUGAAGGGGUAUGAGGUCACAGAUAUGAUGCAAAAAGCACUGUUUGAUUUUUUAAAACACAGAUUUGAAGGGCGGAUAUCCAUUACAAGAGUCACUGCUGACAUCUCCCUCGCCAAACGCUCAGUAUUAAACAAUCCCAGUAAGCAUGCAAUAAUAGAAAGAUCCAACACAAGGUCAAGCUUAGCGGAAGUUCAGAGUGAAAUUGAAAGGAUUUUUGAACUUGCAAGAACACUGCAAUUGGUAGUCCUUGAUGCAGAUACAAUUAAUCACCCAGCUCAACUCAGUAAGACCUCUUUGGCCCCUAUCAUAGUGUAUGUAAAGAUUUCAUCUCCUAAGGUUUUACAAAGGUUAAUAAAAUCUCGAGGGAAAUCUCAAGCAAAGCACCUCAAUGUCCAGAUGGUAGCAGCUGAUAAACUGGCCCAGUGUCCUCCGCAGGAGUCAUUUGAUGUGAUCUUGGAUGAGAACCAGCUUGAGGAUGCUUGUGAGCAUCUUGCCGAUUAUCUGGAGGCAUACUGGAAGGCCACCCACCCUCCCAGCAGUAACCUCCCCAACCCUCUCCUCAGUCGGACUUUGGCCACCUCAACCUUACCUAUGAGCCCCACCCUAGCCUCUAAUUCACAGGGUUCUCAAGGUGACCAGAGGACUGAUCGCCCUGCUCCCCGGUCCGCUUCCCAAGCUGAAGAAGAACCUUGUCUGGAACCAGUCAAGAAAUCCCAACACCGCUCCUCCUCAGCCACCCAUCAAAACCACCGCAGUGCAGGUCGCAGCCUCUCUAGGCAGGAGACCUUUGACUCUGAGACCCAGGAGAGCCGAGACUCUGCCUACGUGGAGCCAAAGGAAGAUUAUUCACACGAACACAUGGACCACUAUGCCCCACACCGUGAACAUAAUCACAGAGAUGAGAGCCACAGCAGCAACGGCCACAGACACAGGGAGUCUCGCCACCGCUCUCGGGACGUUGGUCGCGAACAGGACCACAACGAGUGCAACAAACAGCGAAGCCGGCACAAAUCGAAGGAUCGCUACUGUGGCAAGGAAGGGGAGGUCAUACCCAAGAGGAGGGACGAGGCUGGGGGGUGGAGCAGGGAGGUCUACAUCCGCCAGUGACCGUGUGCGCUCCCGCCCCAAGUCUCCUGUAGCAUCAUCCUGAAGCAAAACCUUUGGGCGCUAAAUUGCAACCAUUUGUGAUCUGUCUUGUAUCUUUUGUAUUGCUGUUGCUUGAAUAGCAAUAGCAUGCAAACAAGUAUUCAUAUAAGUUCUUUUGUGAGUACCACAUAAAUUGGCCUAGUACAGCUGCAGUCCUCCAUCUAUAUCCUGGACUCUUCAAAUGCUGUUUGGCUGCCACCUGACAGAGUGGCUUCAGAAAUGUAGCUGAUGUAUGAGUGGGCCAGGUGCAGCACACAGAAGCAGUGGAAUCUCUCCAUGUUUUUAAUACCCAGAUAUCUGUCAUUCUUUCAUGGACCACUGUUUCUUGCUUGUACCUCUGGCUGGCUAAAUUUGGGGACAGAUUCAGUCUUGCCUUACACAAAGGGGAUUAUAAAGUUAGAAUCUAUUUUCUAUGUACUAGUACUGUGUACUGUAUAGAUAGUUUGUAAAUGUUAUUUCU